GACAAACUGUCGUUCUCGGUACUGAAGUGUCAAGCGUGUAAGUAAUGUUUUGUUAAAACACGUGUUUGAAAUACCAAUGUGAUCUAGUUUUUAAUAAAUGAUUGUAUAUAAUAUUAAACAUGCCGCCAUUCAAAGCAGGAUUAAAACGUAAAGCUAACUCGGAAAAAACGAGUGUAAACGCUGUAGAAGAUAAAGAUUCAAGCAGUGAUAAUAGUGGAGAGGAUUUGUUACAAGGUGAUUUGGACAAGGAAAGCGACGCGACGGACUCGGAGCACGAAGAUGUAGAUCCCGGCUCUGACGGUGAAAGAGAUGAAGUACUUUUUGAUGAUAGUGCAGACUCUGUGUUAGAAGAUGAAGAGUCAGGAAGUGAUUCCAUAGAGGAGUCUUCAGACCUUACUGAUUCAGAGGACGAUGAAUCAGAUGGCAGUGAGGAAAAAAAUGACAGUCAGUCUGAAUCUGAGGAAGAGCACAGUGCAGACAGCGGGGCGGAGACUGGCACUGCACCUUCAGCUGCCGGUUCCAGUGACGAGUCUAACAAGAAAGAAAAGAGAGAAACGCAAAAGAAAGAAACUAUAAAGAAUCAGAAACCAACACAAUCACAAAAGCAGCAAUCUAAUAAAAAACAAAAACAAAAGAAAAAGACUAAACAGACACCGCCCAAACAAAAGGAGAAGAAAAAGAUGAGUAGUGUGGAUGUGUUGGCAAGUAAGAUAGAAGAAGCUACAGUCUCAACUGAACCUGUACAACAGAGAGACGAGUACGAGUCUGGCGACACGUCAGACGAGGAGGACCGCGUGAACACUGCGGGCGAGGUGCCCAUGUGGUGGUACGACGAGUACCCACACGUGGGCUACGACCUGGACGGACGUAAGCUCGUCAAGCCACCGCAGAGGGACCACAUCGAUGAGUUUCUCAAAAAGUGCGAGGAUCCCGAAUUCUGGCGCACGGUGCGCGACCCGGCAACUGGACAGGACAUCAUACUGUCUAAGGAGGACUUGCAACUGCUGGAGCGGUUGAGGAACUCGCGCGUACCCAGCGCCACGCAUGAUGAGUAUGAGCCGUGGGUGGAGUGGUUCAGCCGCGAGGUGCUGGCCACGCCGCUGCGCGCCUUCCCCGAGCACAAGCGCUCGUUCCUGCCGUCGCGCUCCGAGCGCCUGCAGGUGGCGCGCCUGGUGCACGCGCUCAAGAUGGGCUGGACCAAGACCAGGCGCCAGCUGGCCGCCGAGCGCCGCCAGAAGAAGGAGCGCCGCUUCUACGACCUGUGGGGCUCCGCGCCGGCGCCCGCUCGCUCCGGCCCGCGCGCGCUGCCGGCGCCGCGCCGCCCGCCGCCGCCGCACGCCGAGAGCUACAACCCGCCGCCCGAGUACCUGCUGGACCAGCGCGAGAUGAAGGAGUGGGAGAAGCUGAGCGAGACGCCGUGGAAGCGCAAGUACACGUUCCUGCCCACGCGCCACGCCAGCCUGCGCGCCGUGCCCGCCUACCCGCGCUUCGUGCGCGAGCGCUUCCUGCGCUGCCUCGACCUGUACCUGGCGCCGCGGGCCAUCAAGAUGCGCCUGACGAUCAACGCGGAGGACCUGGUCCCCAAGCUGCCGUCCCCGCGCGACCUGCAGCCCUUCCCCACGAGCGAAGUGCUGUGCAUGCGCGGCCACGAGGGGCUCGUGCGCAGCGCGGACUUCGACCCCAGCGGACAGUACGUCGUGUCCGGCAGCGACGACGGUACCGUCAAAGUGUGGGAGACGCAGACGGGGCGCUGCCUGCGCACGCUGGCGCUGGGCGAGGCGGUGGCGCGCGUGGCGUGGACGCCGGCGGCCGGCCUCAGCCUCGUGGCGGCGGCGCGCGGCCGGCGCCUGCUGCUGCUCAACCCCGGCGCCGGCGUGGGCGCGCACCGCGCCGCCGCCGCCACCGACCGCCUGCUGGCCGAGCCGCCGCCCGCGCACGACGUGCUCAUGGACGAGCGCACGUCGUCGUGCGUGCAGUGGGAGACGGUGGACGCGGAGCAGUGGGCGCGCGGCGUGCGCAUCUCCAUCUCACACUUCAAGCCCGUCACGCACGUGUCGUGGCACGCGCGCGGCGACUACGUGGCCGUGACGCUGGCGGAGGGCGCGGCGCGCGCCGUGGUGGUGCACCAGCUGUCGCGGCGCCGCAGCCAGCUGCCCUUCCGCCGCGCCAAGGGGCUCGUGCAGUGCGCCGUGUUCCACCCGCACCGCCCGCUCAUCUUCGUCGCGACGCAGCGCGUGGUGCGCGUGUACGACCUGGUGAAGCAGGAGCUGGUGCGCAAGCUGCAGGCGGGCGCGCAGUGGAUCAGCGCCGUGGCCGUGCACCCCGCCGGCGACAACCUGCUCGUCGCCUCCUACGACCGCAAGCUCGUCUGGUUCGACCUGGAGCUGUCGGCGCGGCCCUACCAGACGCUCCGGCUGCACGGCGGCGCGGUGCGCUCCGUGGCCUUCCACCGCCGCUACCCGCUGUUCGCGUCGGGCGGCGACGACCGCUACCUCGUCGUGGCGCACGGCAUGGUCUACAACGACCUGCUGCAGAACCCGCUGCUGGUGCCGCUGAAGCAGCUGGCGGGCCCGGCGCCGCGCGGCGAGCUGUGCGUGCUGGACGUGCGCUGGCACCCCGCGCAGCCCUGGCUGCUGGCCGCCGCCGCCGACCACACGCUGCGCCUCUACGCGUAGGCUGUGGCCGCCCGGCCUCGUGCGCGAGUGCGUGCAGGGGAAGGGUCGCUGCUCUUGAAUACAAUACUUAUAGGAAUAAAUAUUUAAUGCAUUA